ACUUUUUCUUCCUCUCUCUAUAGGCUUAAAGCUCCUUCUAUUUAUUUCAUUCUCUAUCAAACUUGUCAAUUUAUUUUAUUAACUUCUAUAUAACCUUUCCCUAUAAUAAUUCAUAAGAGUAUAUAGUACCAAAGUUCUGACACAUAAAUCUUAAAAAAAACAUUUGAAAGAGGUUAAUUGAAGAAAGUGCACAUGGGAAGACACUCUUGUUGCUACAAGCAGAAGCUUCGUAAAGGUCUUUGGUCACCAGAAGAAGAUGAAAAGCUUUUGAAUUAUAUCACCAAACAUGGUCAUGGAUGUUGGAGUUCUGUUCCAAAACUAGCUGGUUUGCAGAGAUGUGGUAAGAGUUGUAGAUUGAGAUGGAUAAAUUACCUUAGACCAGAUUUGAAGAGAGGGGCAUUCUCAAUAGAAGAAGAAAAUUCUAUAAUUGAACUUCAUGCACUUCUUGGCAACAGGUGGUCGCAGAUUGCGGCUCAAUUACCAGGUAGAACUGAUAAUGAGAUAAAGAAUCUAUGGAAUUCAAAUUUGAAGAAGAAGCUAAGACAAAAAGGAAUUGAUCCAAACACACACCAAACGAUUUCGGAAUCUGUUGAAAACAAUGACAAGGAGAAGGAGAAGCAAGUUGAGGCGGAGAAAAGCAAUAAUCAGAUUCAGAAAAGCUCUUUUGGAUCCAAUGAAGUGAACUCAAUUCCUAUGGAUAAUAAUAACACUAAUUAUCCAGUUGAAAGGAAUUCUUCAAGUAAUUCAAAAAUCAACAACUCUUCAUGUUUCAUAUCUUCUGAAAAUAUGGUUGGAUUAGGAUCAUCAUCAUCAUAUCUCUCUUUUCAACAACCCAACUAUGGAAUCAACAACAUAGCUCUAUCACCAAAUUCCAACAACAAUUCAUCACUUUGUUUCAUACCAAGUACUAGUGCCGGUUCAACUUCCAUGUCAGAACUCAAUUCUUUAACCAUGUUCCAAUCAAUUCAAAACUGGGAAUUCAACAACAACAACAACGGAAGCAAAAGCAGCAAUGGAAGCAUUAGUAGCAACAACAACAACAACAACAAUAACUUCGAUCAAAUUCAAGAUCAUAAUCAAGUAUUAGAAGACAUUAAAUGGUCUGAAUAUCUAAACACUACUCCAUUUUUUCUCGGAAACAACAACAGCAACAGCAACAACGACAACAACAACACAAUUCAACAGCAUCAUAGUACAGCAAUCUACAGCGAUGAUGAGAUUAAACAAGAAAUGGGAUUCAUUCAUAAUUCAGAUAUAUAUAGCAACAACAACAAAGAUUUUCAGAGAUUCUCACUCGCUUUUGGACAAACACUUUAGUUUAUUUCAAAAGAGAGAUCGAUGCCGACAUUUUCAACGUGAACUUUGGUCAGAAACAUGUCGUUACUUCUGACCACAGGUGUGUGCUGUAAAUUUUUCUUCUUUUUUUUUAAUUUAUUUUACUUUAAGUUUUUUUUUUUCUAGUGUUAUUGUAAAUGAGUCUGAUAGAUGAAAAAAAAUCUCAGAAAUCAGCAUUAUGUUACAGUAUAGUAAUAUUUAUGAUUUGUUAAAUUAAAGC